CAUUUUGCUCUUAAAAGAUAUUUUAACUACGACACUUUCUAGAAAUGUUGAUAUGAUACGUUUUAUUUGUAUUAAAAUGUAGAGAUUCAAGUAUUCGUGGUUUGCAGAAACGUACAAUGCCUACAUUUUAUUCUGGCGACUGGGCUGAAUAAUGUCUGUUAAUGGCCAGCUGGGCGUCUUUAAUUUGACCACACUCUGUCAGUAUGUUGUGUGUGUGUGUGUGUGUGUGUGUGUGUGUGUGUGUGUGUGAGUGAGAGAGAGAGAGAAUGUGCACCUGGUCUCACCUGUGUGUGCUGUAAACACAGAGACGUUGGGCAGACAGGCGCAACAUGGCGAAGCAGACGAUUGAAUAAAUUCUCAUUCUCACAACUUUAACUCAUCUGACGGAAUUGUAUUUGUAUGACUUCUCCUAAUACCAUUGUUUAGACAGCUCAUCACUUCACUGGACAUUUCUAGAAUCAUUUACCUUAAUUAUUAUUUAAUUGGGGGAGAAAAAUAGUGUAAUCACGCUUUCAUAUUCUGGGGAUCUCCGACUCUAGUCGGCGGCCCUUGAAGUGCCCUCGUGUUACAGAUUUCCUACAAUCCCGGGACACUGUCUCUUUAAAGCGCCGGGGGAGGCGUUCAGGGACGUCGAGAAGUGGUGAGCUCUGACGGUGUGCGUGCAAUGUCUCAUGAAUGACAGCCGCCGCUUCAGGUUAUGUGACAUUGUGGCAGUGCAGGACACCUCAGCACCGACGUGACGUUACAUUAACUGUCCGGACUGGGGACGGAGACGGCAUGUGUAAGAGGGGGGCGGGGGCGGCGGAGAGAGGUCGCUGGAUGGGAUGCGCACGGUUCUGUUUUCUGAGAGGUUACCGAACCGCCUGCACAGCCCCAUGUCAGCUGCGUGGAUCUGCGUUGGCUUCAAACUGUCAACCCUGUGAGUGAAAUUCAACCCGAUCAGCUGAGGAGAGGACGGACACUUCUCACAUCAAGGCAUUUACAGGUGACUUUUCCUGCGCAUCAUGUACACAAUUACAAGAGGUCCCAGCAAACUGGUCACCCAGCGACGGACAGGGCCUACUCAGCAGCUUGACAACAAAAUAAACGACUUCAAGCACAAACAGACGUCCUGGAGUAUGCCUGACCUUCCUGCACCCAAGAUAGUUUUCAACCGUCCUAACGGUAAGAAGUACCAUCACCCUGCUCAGGCACUCCCCGCAGACAACCAGCAGGACGAGAGCUUCACCCCCGCGCACAAGGAAAACGUCAAGUUCGUCUAUGAGGCCUGGCAGGAGGUGAUGCAGCAGGAGCAGGAGCAGGGGCCCGGCCAGGGGCCAGAGGAGGCCCCGGGAGCAGUCCACUAUAAAGAGACCACUCCCAGCCCACACAUGGACCACUUUGUGUCCAUAGAUCUGGAUGAAUGGUGGGCCCAGCGUUUCCUAGCCAACAUAGAUAAGCUAUCCUGACACACUUGUUGGGAUUUGUGGAUAUUGACGGAUGGUCAGGAAGCAAGACGUGAAGCAGGAUGGCUCAUAGAGGAGAGGAAGCCUGAGCAGGUGUGAUGGGUCAAAAGGCCCGAUGUGAUUCAAAUGGAUGGACAGCGCUGGGACGCUAACACAGAAACAGCACAGACUCACUUCAUGUGAACUCUACAAUCCAUCCAGCUCCCAAUAUUCAGUCUGCGACAGACUGCACACUGGAGGACAUGUCGAAGUUGAGGUUUCUCUCAUCUUACUACCCUCACAACAGAGAUGGCAUAUUACUUUGAAAUGCAGUAAAAUUGUAUUUUCAAGAA